CCUGCCAUUUUAACAGGGGUGUGUAGACUUUUUAUAUCCAUUGUACAUAAGCAUGUAUAUAAAUACUGUAUGCGCAGUAAAUACUUUUUCAUUUGUAUGACGGUGAGUCAAAUGAAAACCUUAAAAGUGUGACAUAAAUCACCGAAACUGCAUUAAAUUUGCACUUGCAAAAGUAAAAAUGCAGUACCGGGUUUGUACUGUACAGUACAUUGUUCUCAAUUACCCCUUCUACUGCUACCUUAAACCUGAUAUACAUUUGUGACACCUCUUUGGAAUAAACAAUGCAAAAAGAAAAAAACCUUCCUUGUAUAUGAAUAUUAAUACUGGAUAUAGAACUUGUUUGUGUGUGUGUAUGUGUGUGUGUGUGUGUACCCAAAAUAGGUCUCAUAUUAAAAGAGCACUGUACGCUGAUGAGAGAAAUGAUGAUAAUGCAGAAGAGGAGGAGGAUCCAAGAGAAUAUUGCGAUGGAGGCUACCACCCUGUACGAGUGGGCGAUGUUUUUAACAAGAGGUAUAAGGUUCUGUCCAAGCUGGGUUGGGGCUACUUCGCUACUGUGUGGCUCUGUGUGGACCUCAGGUCUGGAAGGUAUGUAGCAGUGAAGAUCCUGAAAAGUGGAUCUGGCUUCACGCAGGCUGGCCAAGAUGAGUUAUCACUACUGCGCUGUGCCAGCAGUCCCUCAGCCUGUCACCCACUGAGAGGACGCAUCGUGCAACUGCUCGAUGAGUUCAAAAUAGCUGGUGUUAAUGGCAUCCAUGUGUGUCUGGUCCUGGAGUUGCUGGGUCCAGAUCUGCGCUGUUGGCAGGUGUGUUUUGGCAAACCUGGCCUCUCACUCACAUGUGUCAGAAGAAUAAUCACUCAGGUGCUUGAGGGUCUUGACUAUCUACACACACACUGUAAGAUCAUCCAUGCAGACAUCAAGCCUGAGAACAUUCUGCUCUGUCUGGGGCAGCAGCCUGUAGCACACACAACACACGUAAAUCCUGAGAACAUUGCAGUGAAAAUCACAGACCUGGGCAGCUCCUGCUGGGUGUAUAAGCACUUCUGCGAGAAGAUCCAGACCCAGCAGUAUCGGGCUCUAGAAGUUCUGCUGGGUUCUGAUUACGGGCCUCCUGCUGAUAUCUGGAGUGUAGCCUGCAUGGCUUUUGAGCUUGCCACUGGUGACCCGUUAUUUGAGCCCAAAACUGGAAAGAAUUUCUCUUUGGAAGAAGACCAUCUAGCACAUAUCAUUGAGCUGCUGGGAAAUAUCCCUGCGUCAGUGGCUCUGUCUGGGAAAUAUUCGUCAAAGUACUUCAACAGCAGGGGAGACCUGCAGAGAAUUCCUACCCUUCGUUGCUGGGGGUUGUAUGAAGUCCUGAUAGAGAAAUAUCAUUUCCUUCUUCAAGAGGCAACUCUCUUCUCUGACCUUCUGCUCCAAAUGCUGGACUUCCUGCCAGAGCGGAGAGUGACAGCAGCUCAGUGUCUCAAACACGCAUGGCUGAAACUGUGACUUUACAUUCCCUUUUAACCUUUAAAACCCUUAAGAUAUUUGACCUUUUACAAUUUAAUGUUUGAAUGGAUCAAUUUUUUGGCAAUACAAGGUUUGGUGCUUAAAAUUCUUUGACUUAAAAAUCGUCAUCAUAUUAUGACUAUUUAGACAGUGAAGUUUUUGUAUUCCAGCUCAGGGAACAAGGACUAUGAAAACAAAGGACAGAAUGUCAGCUGAAAUAUGAGCCAUAUAGAAAUUACAGCUCUUUUUAUACACAGUCAAGGAUAAAUGACGAUAAGGUAUAAUAAUAUACUACAAGUCUUUUGCAGUCAAUGAGUGUCUAAAUGUAUAUGUGUAUAUGACAUGUUUUUUCUGCUUAUCUUAAUAAACAGAAAUAUAAACAUUAUCACUAACUUAUACAUGAAGUGAAAUCAUGCAUUUCAACAGAGGGCAAGCUAGUAAACAAAAACAUACUAUGAUUAAGAUCAUAUAUAAUAUCUAUAUGGUAUUAAUGUGGUUUGAUCAAUCUACAUCACAAUUUGGCCCUUGUCAAAGUCACUCAGAUCCUUA